AUGAAGCUGCAGACUGCCCUUCUGUUGGUCUGUCUAUUCAAGACAAGCUUUGCUCUUCCAGUACAGAUUGGAAUCAUCGCAAGCAACAGCAAUGAGCUCCUACGACUGAAUGGACUAACUUUUGCAACACUUGGACAAACACAGGCGUCUUCACUAAUACCCCAGUAUGUGCUGCAGCAGCAGCAGCCCGAGGUGCUGCUCACCCCACAGGUGGUGAACUUGAACCCGCAAGUGACCGGUCCCUUCAGUCCCCAGGGGCCUCAGCUGUUUCUCCCCAACCAGGGCAACCAGCUAACGCCUGUGAUCCUCCCCAACGGCCAGCAAGAGCAGCUUGGACCUCCACAGGAUCCCAACAAUCCUACUAUCCCUCAGCAGGCCCAAAACCCUGUUCAGAUGUUUCCAAAUUUCCAGUAUCCAUCUUAUGGAUAUCCUCAAUUUCCCAGACAGCAGGGCUUCCCUUACUUUUUGCCUCCUUACGGCUACCCCCAGCAGAGGAACACUGCCGUGCUGCAGCCGAACAACAGUCAGCAAAAGCUGGAGAGAACCACACAGAGACCACAGCUCCCUCUGCAGCAAGCCUCCCAGCCUAAGGUACAGACAGAAAGAAAAGAGACGACCACAAUUCCUCCUGAUCCUCGUGGCGACACAUCCGGCCCAGGAGUUGAUGAGGGUCGCUCCAACUUCCCCUUCCUGUUUGAGCCUUAGAUUUCACCUGGGAAGUCGCAAUGAGGGGAUCACUCAAAAAUGCAUUCAUGUGUGUUUGGCCAAGUCGCUCAUUCGUCUGCAAAAUGUAC